AUGACCACACUCGCUGUCCGCGGUCUGCGCACCGCUUCCUGCCUUCCACGCCCUCACUCUGCCGUCCUCCUCUCCUUCAAGCAACGACAAUUACCCUCCUCCCCCUCCCCCUCCCAGCUAUUCCUCCGGCCAGCAUCAACAGCUUCCACGCAAUCAAAACCCAGCUCCCCUCAACCACAGCCUUCCUCGGGCACCAUUAAUGGCCCCCUAAGCACCCUCCCCGCACCCCUCAACCUCCCCGUCAAGCCCGAAACCACAAACUUCAGCUACUACCUCUCCCUCGGCAAAGCCUACGCGCUCUUCUACCGCACCGGCGCAAAGAAUAUAUUCACUAACUUCCGCGCCUCGCAACCGAUCCAAGCCAUAGUCGACAAGAAAUAUAAAGGCUCCGUACCUGCCGCCGUCUCCGCGGGUGCCCUCACGCGGUCCGAUUUCCAGCUCCUAAACCGCAGCUGGCAUGACAUCAAGCGGUUGCCCAUCUUUGGGCUGGUGUUUAUAGUAUGCGGGGAGUUUACACCUCUGGUGGUUAUUGCGCUUUCGAACGUGGUGCCUUGGACGUGCAGGAUCCCGAAGCAGGUUGAGAGUGAUAGGAGGAAGCUGGAGAAGAGAAGAGGGAUAUCGUUUAGGAAUUUAACUGCUGAGCCACCGAAGCAGAAGGGUGUUGAAGCUUUGGAGAGGAUGCAGUUGUUACAUAUCAGUUGGAGCGUUGGCCUGAGUUCGAGGGUGUGGGACUGGGUAGGGGGGCAGCUUCCGGGACUUCCUGAUUUUAUAUUGAGAAAGAGAGUCAAGAAUUGGGUAGAGUAUUUGGAAAUGGACGAUGGGUUGAUUGGAAAGCCUAGCAGAGUGGAUGAGAUGGAUCUUGAGGAGGUUAAGAUGGCACUGGUGCAGAGAGGUGUGGAUGUUUUGGAGAAGGAUGAAUCGCAAUUGAGGGUGGAUCUAGUUUCCUGGUUGAACUCCCGGAAGAAGGCGCCUAUAGAAAGGUUGCUUUUAACAAGACCAUCUGUCUGGCCAAGCAAGCCAAAGUCUCCUUCUAUUUGA